AUUACGUUUGUCCUCCUUCAAGAGUUUCAAAACCCUCAUUUUCCCUCAAAAAACCCCUUCCUCUUUUUCCCGCCGCCCUCUCCUCUCUCUCUCUCUCUCUCUCUUUCUCUCAUGGAUCGCAACUAUAACAAUCCGAAUCUUUUCAAUCGAGAUUCAUUCCAUCCUGUUGAGGAAAUAAAAGACAAAAGGAAAGAGAAUACAGGUUAUAUGGUUCUUGCUGGUAAAAGAGCCCAUGUAGAGCACAAACAACAAUGGGCAAAAUCUCAUACAUUUUGGGGUCCUACAAGACGAGGUUACACUCAAAACGCUGUACCAGAAAAUAUGGCUAGUGCAGAAAUUACCCGAGAAUUCCGUGUUGUGAGGGAUAACAGGAUGAAACUAAACAAUACGAAAGACAUUAUGCCAGGAUCACCUCAAAAUUCAUCAAAAGACCAUCAGAUUGAGAGGACAACAAAUGUUCGAAAUUUGAGAUCUAGCCGAAAUCUAAUUGACCUCGAGCAUUCAGCUCAGGAAAAUUCAGAUGGAUGUAGUUUAUGUCAACAUUUAAAUGGGAGAUGUGAUUCUAUUCCAGCUCAUGCCAAAUAUGAAAAGUCAAGUUGGAGUGAGUCGAGUGACAAGUCAUCAGUACCUAAAGAGAAGCAGAUGUCUGUCUCCAAUUCGAGAGGGAUGGCGGCAAAGGAGCUCAACAAUAAGUCUCAAACACAUCCUGUAGCAUGUGCAUCUUCUAACUGUGUCAUUGGAGUGUACUCUUCAUCCUCGCACCUUGUUCAUGUGCCAUCUUCCAGAUCGUCUGGUUCUGUGGGAUCUAGUAGGCAUGAACUUGGUCCAGUUGGUGUUCGGCAAAAGUCUACUGCUGAUCACUCAGUAACAUUUACAUCUAAGUUGGGUAAUUCAUCCUCUGUUCCGUUAUCUGAGAGGGAUGAUUCUUUCUCACGGGACAAUGCAACGACAUUGAAGAGAAAUCAACCUUAUCGAUCUUAUGCAUUCAAGCCGUUUAUUCCAAGCAUGUCAAUCAGAAAAUCUUCUUCAUCUAGUCAGAGUGAUGUUAAACCACAUUAUCAAGUCAUGGGAUAUCAGAAAGCUGUGCGUACCAACAUGAAGUGGAAGCCAAAAUCCAGUCUGAAGCUCGAUGUUGAUAGCUCUGAUGCAACCAAUCAUUCAAGCCAAGAGCCAAUAUCUGGCUUGUCGGAGAGACUUCUACAAGUUAACAUAUCGAAAAACGAGCAUGUAAUCAUACCUGAGCAUCUUCGAGUUUCCGAAUCUGAGCGGGCUGGACUGGUGUUUGGCAGUUUUGGAGCUGACUCUGUCUCUAUCAAGAGUAUCCCAUUGGCUUCAAAGGCAUUCAAGGAUGCAAAAGAAUCUAGCUAUUUUCCUUCUUCCAGUACUUCUGCAGAAGAUCCAGAUGGCUUUGGAGAUUCUCUUGCUGACCAGUCAGGUCCGGUGGACUCCUAUUUCAGAAAUUCUAGCUCUGAUAUUUCAGCAUCUGCUGCAGAACCUACUGUACCUAUAAAUGAUGAGCCUAUAAGACCUCGGGAUAUUGAAAGCUAUCCUGAUAUUGGACUAAUUCAGAGUCGCAGUCCUCCCUGUAGUUCAUGCGAACCUUUACAAAAUACUCCUCCAAACUUAGCUGACUUUUCGGCAUAUGAUCCCCGAAUGAAUGCUGGCGUGCCAUUUUCUAGAAAGAUAAUGGAAGGAAGUGCACAAGCACAUGGUUUCUCAUUAGCACCUGAGGCCUUGAACACCCAUGUGACUGAUGACAGCUCGUUCUCUAAUAUGUCCAUGGUUCAGCAACCGCAACAUUUCACACAGCUCUAUCCACAAGUCCACAUAGCACAUUAUCCAAAAUUUUCCCCAUACCGGCAAAUCAUUUCUCCCUUGUAUGUCCCACAAAUGUUAGUUCCAAACUAUUCAAGGGGUUCAGCACCCACCGACCCUUCCGGUGGAGGCAAUUAUCUCAUGAUGCCUGGGGAAAACCCACAGUCAACCAGUGGCAGUCUGAAAUAUGGUCCAUCUCAGUAUAAGACUAUCCAAGCUGGGAAUCUCACCUCUGGAUAUGGGAUUUACACCAAUUCAUGUGGGUACUCAGUCAGUACAGUCGGCAGCACAGCGGGCAUAGAGCAUAUGACUGGGAUGAAUUUUAAAGACAACAACGUCUAUGUUCCGAACCCACAGUCAGAUGUAGAUAUCUGGACCCAAAAUCCAAGUGACCUGGCUAGCUUGCGACCAGCACCACCCUAUAAUCUAUCAGGACAAGCACAAGCACAUCAGACAUAUCUGCCAGCAGCUCAUGGAGUCAAUCCAGCGUUAAACCCACUUUCAUUUCCAUCACCUCACCUGCAAUAUCAAAACUUGUAUUAUCAUCCACAACAAGGCGCAAUUGCAGCGCAAACAAAUCCUAUAGUCCACCAGCGGGAAGUUCACCCAGGCUGGGCCGGUAAUUCUGGAAUUGGGAUAGUUCCAGCAGCAUCUGCUCAGGUUGGAGCCUAUCAGCAAUCCCAGCUCGAGCAUCUUCAUUGGACCAAUAGCUUCUGAAGCACUGUUUGCCCUCUUUUUUUCUUGGUUAUGGCUGGUAAAUCUUUAUCAUUUUUUGAUAUCAUUAUUUGGUUUCAUGAUUAGCUUUACUUGUCAGAUAUGGUUAUAUUUAUCCGUUAAUGCCUGGUUUCGUUUUUGUUAA